AUGGUUCGCGUUAACGUCCUGGCAGAUGCUUUAAAGUGUAUUAAUAAUGCCGAACGCAGGAAAAAAAGACAGGUUAUGAUUCGUCCGUGCUCGAAAGUUAUUGUGCGCUUUCUGAAAGUCAUGCAGCGCAAGGGAUAUAUUGGUGAAUUCGAGAUCGUUGACGAUCACAGAUCUGGUAAAAUUGUCGUGCAGCUGAACGGCCGUCUUAACAAGUGCGGUGUGAUCAGUCCACGUUUUAAGAUGGGUGUUCGAGAUACUGAAAACUGGACACGCAAUCUCCUUCCGUCACGCCAGUUUGGUUACAUCGUACUCACUACAAGUGGAGGUUUGAUGGAUCAUGAAGAAGCAAGGAAAAAACAUCUUGGUGGCGUUAUACUCGGAUAUUUCUUCUAG